CACCACUACGUGCAAAUCACAAUCAAAUCGUCGAUCCAGCUCGCACAUAGCAGUCAUUCACAUUCACAUUGGCAUCGAGCGGCGAUCCAUCCGCAAGUUACUCUGGUCUGCCCGAUCGCUAUACAGGGCAAAGCUGACCGACGUUGGCGCUACUGUUCGCGCGAGCCCUCCCCUUCGCUUCGCCGAGCGACUGACUGCUACACGGCUGGCCCACGCUUGCAUUGCACCACCGCAUCAAACUUCAUCCACACCCGAUCGCAUCCAAGUCACAAGUCGCUCGAACAUGGCCGAGACGCUCGCAACAAACAACGGCGUCGCGUCCGCAGCGGCGUCCGCAGUCCCCAUCGUGCCCGUCGGCGGGAGCGAUGGCGCGAGUGGAGCAGGCAGCGUCAAGCCUACUCUGGGAGCAGCAGAGGCGCAACCAGCAGAGCGCAUGCAUCUGAUCAACGAGGAGCAAAAGUUCACACCAGACUUGACGAGCUAUCUCGCCAAAUGGAACUUGAUAGAGAGCGGUUUCGGAUACAAUCUGUGUGCGGUAUUGGGUAGUCAGAGCACUGGAAAGAGCACCUUGCUCAAUCGACUGUUUGGAACGAGCUUUGAUGUGAUGGACGAGACGAGACGUCAGCAAACCACAAAGGGUAUCUGGCUCUGUCGAGCUAUGCAAGCUCCUUUGCUCGUGAUGGACGUAGAAGGCACGGAUGGUCGUGAAAGGGGAGAAGACCAAGACUUCGAGCGCAAAUCGGCCCUCUUCUCCAUGGCCAGCGCGGAAUGCUUGAUCGUAAACAUGUGGGAGAUCCAAGUGGGCUUGUAUCAGGGCGCAAACAUGGGACUGCUCAAGACCGUCUUUGAAGUCAAUUUGGGCCUGUUUCAGUCCGCUAGAGCUCGCUCUGGAUCAGCGGCGCGGGACAAGACUCUGCUCUUUUUCGUCAUUCGCGAUCACAUUGGUGUGACGCCGUUGGAGAACCUCAAGAACACCUUGCUGCACGACCUGGGCAGAAUUUGGGAUUCCCUCUCUAAGCCCGAGGGUCUGGAAUCAUCGCAGAUCACGGACUUUUUCGACUUUGACUUUACCACGUUGCCCCACAAGGUCUUGCAGCCCGACGAAUUCGAGAAGCAGGUGGUGCAGCUUCGACAAAGGUUUGUGGAGCGCAACAAUGCCAAAUUUGUCUUUCGGCCCGAGUAUCACAAGCGCAUUCCUGCGGAUGGGCUUCCCAUGUACCUUGGCAACAUUUGGGAGCAAGUCAUGACGAACAAGGAUUUGGAUCUGCCUACCCAACAAGAAUUGCUCGCUCAAUUCCGAUGCGAUGAGAUCGCUGGCGCUGCCUUUACCGCCUUUACAAGUCAAAUUCGCACCUUUAGAAAGCCGAUCGAAGCUGGCUCCAUCUUGGAGACAUUGGGUCAGGACAUGGGAGCGCACAGAGGCAGCGCGUUAGCCAAAUUUGACAAGGACGCAUCACGCUACCACCAAGAAGUCUACAAGCGCAAGCGCGUUGAGCUGCUGGACAAACUCAAUGCUGCCCUAUCUCCCUUUUUCUUGGGUCAGCUCAAGAACCUUCACAAAGUUGUGCUGGCCACCUUCCGUACAUCCGUCCUGGACCGGCUGCGAGGAGAGAAUUACGACUUUGCAGAGGUUGUGCAGGGGGAAAGAGCAAAGGCGCUGAGCCGAUUCGCAGCUGCUAGUCUAGCGAUUAGGUUGAGCGACACGGAUUGGACGACGGACGAGGAGCAAGAGCAGCUCAGAGAAGCCAUCGAUGGGAUCGCAGACCAGUGCAGAGCGGACGAGACCAAAAAGAUGGUGGCGCAGAUCGAGAGGGGCAUCAAAAAGAUCACGGCUGAACCUACCGAGCUGGCGCUGGCUAGACCCGGACCGGACAUGUGGGACAGAAUCUUGAUCGCUUUUAAAGAUGCGCUGACGAGCGCCGAAGCUGCGUACUUGAAGAAAGCAAAGAGCUUCAAUUGCACAGACGAAGAGAAUGCCGUAGCUUUGAGCUCCCUUCGACGCAAAUCUUGGCAAGCCCUUCGAGCGAAGAUCGACGAGCAGACGGCGGACGCUGUGCUCUCCAUCAAGCUUCGGAGCGUUUUUGAGGACCGAUUUAGAUACGACGAUGAGGGUGUGCCGAGGGUUUGGAAGCCCGACGACGAUAUCGAUGGCGUGUUCCGAAAGGCGCGCGAUGAGACGCUGGCUCUGAUUCCCGUGUACGCGCGCAUCGAGCCAUCGGAUCCAGAUUUGUCUGUCAGCAUCCCCUCCACCUCCGAAGAUCCAGCGCAUGCAGCUCAAGUGGAGCGCGGAGAGGAUGAAGAAUUUGAUUUCCCCUCUUCCUUGGUCCUCUUCACAGAGACGCGCAAAGCGGACGUUUCGGCCAGGUUCAGAAAGGAGGCGGAUGCGUACUAUGUAGAGGCGAAGAGGAGCACAGUCUCGUCUAUUGCGCAGGUACCGGUGUGGAUGUAUGGCGUCAUGGUCGCGCUGGGAUGGAACGAGUUUUUGGCCGUGGUUAGGAGCCCUCUUUAUUUCACCUUUCUGCUGCUCCUCAUCGCUUCCGCCUACGUCGUCUACCGUCUCAAUCUGAGCGGGCCUUUGGUGCACAUUUCCAAGACUGUGGCGAGAGAGGCGCAUCGGAUGGCCGACAAGGCUCUACGGGAACACUUUGCGCAACCUCUACCUCAACCUGCUAUCCUGCGCGAAGAUGCCGCGCCCGCCCUGGCGCCGCCCAUUGCCGUUCCUGCGCGCGCACCGACCAAAGCUGCACCGGCCGCGAUGGAGGAGAUGGAGCUGAAGGAGCGCAAAGCCGAGCAGUAAGGAGGGUG